CGAGAAUCUUGGAACUUGGGGAAAGGGAUAGUUCAUCCACCUUGUUGAGAUCGGGUGUGCAAGAUGACACCUGGAGGUUGCAAUUAAUCCUAUCUGUUGAACAUUCGCAAAUUCUUAUCCACAACUUUGAUCCAUUCAGAGGCUCAUCCACGAUCAAAGCAGACCCGAAGACUCGAUUGGGAUUCAGGAUAACUGCUGUAGUCAUCCGAACCUACGGCCAAAUUCCAAGUGUCAACUCAGUCGAAUGAUAUGCCAAGAACUCAAACGAGCUCCAGCUGAAAAUUCGACACCUUACUGCGCGCGGACGUGUUUUUCUAAGUGGGAGUCCUGUAGUCUGGAGUUCUCGUUCGUUGUAUCCAUCGAUUCUAUCCAGAUCGAUACAGCUGGAAAAGUACUACAUGAAUGCUUGCCGCACUCGACUCAAAAGCUCUCUGCGAGAUGGUUUACUUCUUCUUCCUCUUCGGAUGCUGGUGCUGCGACCUUUGAGUGUCGAGGAGCUCGUUCGGCGCUGACACAGACGGGCGAGGGCUGGCGACGGCCAUGGAAACGAGCUCAGAGCUCGAGCGCUCGAGCGGGGGCCGAAAGUCCACGGAGGGCGAAACCCUAAAAGCGAGGGGCUGCGGAGAAUAAUUUCGGGGAAUGCCCGGCGGGGCGAAGAUUGCCCUUCACGUGAUUGCCUCGGACCGAACGGGAGGCUGGGAACGGCCGCCCCGGCUGCGGGUCCAGGUGUCGGGCGCCGGGCAGCGGAUUUUAUCUCACAGAUGUUUUGCGCAUUGCACACUGGGUUUGCGGAUUGACCGAUUCGGGCCCCGGUCUUCCCAGCCAAUGGCCGGAAAAGCGAGGCGUUUCUAAAGCUGCUGCUUCACGUGUCCCGUCUGCCCGCGUCCCGCCACGUGGCGAGCGCCCGCCGUCCCCUGCCGUCAACGACGACCGCUGUUGACAUGCUGCCAUCUCGCGGCUACCAUCUGUCCGCCGGUGGUGGGCACAUGUGAUGGGCUUCAGCGUCUCAUGUAGCCCGUACCCUGGUGGCCUCAAACUCCAGGCGCACGGUGACAAAGCAUGCACAUGGGUCGGGCAUGGAGGACGUGAUGCAUUCGAUGUAAACGGCCUCGGUUCUGGAAGCACGAGACGGAAUAUUAGGCCACCGAUUUGGAAAUUGAACCAUUUCCUCUCAAGGCUUUGGAGAACAUAUAAGGGUAGAGUUUUUCUCUGAGCUGAGAUUUUCAAUUGCUCUUUCGGGUGAGGUGAGGUGAUGAGUGUGGGUAUGGUAACGGCGAUGGGUUUUUCUUUAGGUGCCUGAAUGCUGGGACCGAAAAAGUUCAAUCUGUACAAAAAAGUGCCUUGUAGAUCAGUUCAAGUUUCGGUCUUGGUAUGAUCCACUGGCUCUUGGAAAAUUUCUGGAUAGACUCGAAACUCGAUGGGUGGGAAAGAAAGCUUGGCCUUGCACUACAGAAUAUACAUUUAUGCUCGCUCUGUUUCUCCUCAUCAUUUCUUUUGAGAUUCAGUGCUUGUUUUUUCUGCCGUAGAUUUUGGAAAUCCAU